AUGAGCCGCGGCCUCGACUUCCACCGCUCCCCUUCCUCCUCCUCCUCCUCCUCCCCGGGGCUCCCCCAAAAACUGCUGCUCCUGCUGCUCCUGCUGCUGCUGCACGUGUCCGCCCAGCGCGCCCAAGCUGCCCCUCCGGGAGCUCGCCUGGCCACGGAGCUGCGCUGUCAGUGUGUGAAGACCACGCAGGGCAUCCACUACUCCAACAUGGCCAAAGUGGAGGUCAUCCCCGCAGGACCCUACUGCGCCAACAUCGAAGUCAUAGUCACCUUGAAGAAUGGAAAGAAUGUCUGUUUGAACCCUGAAGCCCCCCGAGUCAAAAAACUCAUCGAAAAGAUGCUAAACGGAAAAGAAGGAAAGGACUGAUGAAGCCAAGCAGCACUUCUCCAGGUGAAGAGCCCCAGAUACGUUGGGGGUUAACCUGUCCGGAAGUUCUGAUGUGACCAGCCAAAGCAAUAAGAAAAUGUCCCCUGUGUGAAAUGUUUCAAUCUGCCUAAUCUAUUUAUUAUGUGUUGGUAUAUUAAGGAAGUUAUUUAAUGUAUUUAUUGAAAUGUGUGGCCCUUAGAACGGGUGACCUCUUGGAUGUCUCUCUUUAUAGGGCCAUCAAUUAUUAUUAGAACAGUUCCCAGUGCUUAGAACAGUGCUUGACACAUAGUAAGCGCUUAACAAGUACCAUAAUUAUUAUUAUUAUUAUUUUUACCUGGUGACCUGUGAAUAUGUUUUGGGAUGAUUGUGAUUGCCAGUCUCUAAAGUUAGG